GUGAGGCUUUGUAGUGCUGUUUGCUGCAAAGAAAAAAGUAUGUUGCUGCAAGGGAAUGUGCUUUCCUCGACGAGAGCUUCAACCCCAUUUCUAUCUCAGUUGCUUCCACUCUCUUUGAUCUGUCCUGCUGUUGUUGGAUUUCAAGGAUAGAAGAGCUGGCGAUCGCCAAGACGUUGGCAUCACUAAUGCCAGGCCUGGCUUCAUUUGCCCCCUGCCUUCGAUUCUCGUCUUCAGCCUGGUCUCGCCGCGCAAGCCGGAAGGGUGGAAUAUUGUCGUCGCCUGGGGUAACCAUGGCGUCUCUGUCGUUGUCCAUUAAUGGCGUAGCGCAGGAGUCUGCCAUGCCUGCUUCACAGAAUUCUGAUCCUCCUAGGGUUCAGGUUGCCAAGCGGCUUGAGCAGUUCAAGACCACCAUAUUUACUGAGAUUAGCAUCCUCGCCUCGAAGCACAAUGCAAUCAAUCUAGGCCAGGGUUUUCCCAAUUUCGAUGGCCCCGAAUUCGUGAAGAAUGCUGCAAUUGAAGCCAUCCGAGACGGUGGCAAGAAUCAAUACGCGAGGGGUUUUGGUGUACCGCAGCUCAAUGCGGCCAUCGCAGAGAGCUUCAAUAAAGAAAGCGGCAUCGUUGUAGACCCGGAAACCCAUGUGACAGUUACAUCGGGCUGCACUGAGGCAAUUGCCGCCACUGUUUUAGGUUUAGUUAACCCCGGAGACGAGAUUAUCGUCUUCGAACCUUUCUACGAUUCUUACCAAGCAACUGUGUCCAUGUCUGGUGCGAUCCUGAAAACAGUUACAAUGCGUGCUCCGGAAUUUGCUGUGCCAGAGGAGGAGCUUCGUGCAGCGUUCUCAAGCAAAACUCGGGCAAUUCUUGUGAACACUCCUCACAAUCCUACCGGUAAGGUGUUUCCUCGGCAUGAGCUGGAGCUCAUCGCAUCUUUAUGCAAAGAACACAAUACCCUUGCCUUCUGUGAUGAGGUCUACAAUAAGCUGGUCUUCAAGGGAGAGCACGUGUCGCUGGCUUCACUGGAUGGCAUGUAUGAGAGGACAGUGACGAUGAAUUCCUUGGGCAAGACAUUCUCUUUGACAGGAUGGAAAAUUGGAUGGGCUGUGGCACCACCACAUCUGACCCGGGGAAUCCGUUUGGCACAUUCUUACUUAACCUUUGCAACUGCAACGCCACUCCAAUGGGCAUCUGUAGAAGCAUUGCGAGCACCUGAUUCAUUCUAUGCAGAGCUGAUUAAAAGCUACAGCGCUAAGAAGGACAUCCUUGUCGAAGGUUUGAAUAGCGUAGGGUUUGAGGUUUAUGAACCGGAAGGGACCUACUUCGUCAUGGUAGAUCAUACCCCUUUUGGAUUUGAGAACGAUGUUGCUUUCUGCAAGUAUUUGAUUGAAGAAGUUGGCAUAGCAGCGAUCCCACCUAGCGUCUUUUACACGAACCCGGAAGACGGCAAGAACCUUGUCAGAUUUGCUUUCUGUAAGGACGAAGAAACUCUGAAGACUGCCGUGGAGAGGUUGAGGACAAAGUUGAAGAAAGCUGUAUCAUUGUCUUCUUAAGUUCUAGGAGAUAUAUUCUAAUUCUUUUGUAUUUGUAAGCUGGCGGUUUCCUUGUGUUCUAUAGUCAUCCAGUCUCUUUUUCUCAAUUUCAUUUUCAAUCUCGAAUAUUCUCACAUUCCACAUU